AUGGACAACACUCGUUUGGUCAUUGCUGCGAUAGGGAGACUCAUGUUUUCCCAAUUCUCAGAGCUUGUAAAUGACUUCUACAACAACGGAAUACCCUCCAAUCUCUCCAGUGGUCGGAAUCCAAGUUUGGAUUACGGGUUCAAAGGUGCUGAAAUUGCAAUGGCUUCGUAUUGCUCGAAGCUCCAGUUUAUUGCCAACCCUGUAACUAACCAUGUCCACAGCAUUGAACAACACAACCAAGACGUAAACUCUCUAGGGUUAAUUUCUUCCUGGAAAACUUCUGAAGUUGUUGAUAUUUGGAGGAGAAUCUGUAAGCCAUAUUGA